CCAACCCAGAUUGCAAUCUUCUCGCAGUUCCACACUUCCCACAAAUUUAGAUUAUCGAUACUCUGUAUUCAUCACAAAAAGCAACCUGCAUUCACUCUGGUUUAUUUGCCGGAGGACAAGGACACCCUUCGAAAUGGCACCAUCAACUGAUACGGGCUCAAAAGAUAUUCGAGACCUGAUUAGAGGACGAGCGUCUGACCUUCAGGUGGAAUCCUAUGAAGCUCUCGCUCACACAAGUCAUGGUCUAAUCGAAGCCGAGAAGGCACUGAAGAAGCCGAUUGAGGUUUUAAGAAAUGGCAAGGCCAGUAAAGAAGAAAGAACAGCUGAAGCUGAUGGCUUAUCAUGGGUUCUGGCCUUUUUAAAUGACCGUGCAGGUCACGUCCAAUUGCAUGCCGAGAUACUCUGUCCAACUCCCGGUAUCAUUUAUUCCUUGGCCAAUGGAACUGCCGCUUCCAAUAGAAAGCAGCAUCAGCAGCAUAAGAAGAAAGCUUCAGCAUCGAGUAGUAUGCUGAAAAAGUCAUACCCCCAUCUGAAUCCUACUCGUGCAAGGGUGCCCACCAAGACAGCAAAGCCGACCUCCGCAGCCAAUAAAACUUCCAAGGAAAGGCUACUAGAGAGUCGAAUUGAAUCAGCUGUUGCUGUCUGUAACAUGAAGGAUGGAUUGAAAGCAGCAGCGCAACAGUUGAAGACAGCCAUGGACGUUUUGGAUGACCACAAAGCCAGAAAAAUCAAAAGAAUGCUGGCCAUUGAUGGCUUGAUGGAGGCCCAAGCAUUUGUCGGGCAGUGCUGGGUUGACCUAGACAAGCAUAUCACGGUAAUCGCCCCGAGUUGUUACAUGCGCAGUGGCUACGCCAGAGUUGCCACUGCGCGGCGUAAUGGAGCAUACCUCAAGAAUAAGGAUGAUGAUCCGGACCACCUACAAUUUAUCAUGGCCAUGAUGUCAAGCAUCAACGAUGAUGGCCGUGCGGCAAGAGCACACUGGUAUGGCCUCCACUCCGAAGCAAGUGCGCAGAGAAAAGGUGGCACCCCUUGACGGCGCCCAUGACACUAACAGUUGGCGCUUAUGCUUGUAAGCACCUGGAACCCCUAUUUUAAUACACGCCCAUAUACAAAGCUCAGCCAUCCAGCUAGAGUCGGCAGUAUGUAUUUCAUACAAGGCACCACAAAACCGGUAUGAAUCGACAUGCUAGCUCAUUAAUAUUAAAUGCGCCAAUGAUGCAGAGUUUGCUUGCCUGUGCUGGUUGCUUCGCCUGGCCAACCUCAUCCGGUGGAACUUUCUGCUUAGCCAGCCAUCAGGACCUUACUUUGACGUUGGCGGAACAUGGAAAUAGCGUUCUCCCUCGUAUGUCUCUAGCCGCAUAUUGGCAAUCAAAUCAUGUUGCUGAAACGCCUCCUGGGCCUGCUUCAUACCAUCCAACACAAAUUCACGUGUUCGUUCUGAUUUCCCUGUGAACAUGGUGCAAUCAAGCACGGCGUGAGAACAAGACCUGCAAUUGUGUCUCCUUGUCAGUCAGGAUCAAUGUUCCAAUCUUCACUUACCAUAAGCUCGAAUAUCUACAUAGACAUCCUCUUGAAAGCUUUCGUCGGUCCAGUCUUCCACUCGUUGCAGGAUCAACUUGGUUGUGUUGGGUUUUGUUCCCCAUAUAUCACAAAGCUUCGACUGAAUGGCGGCCAAGGGAACCGGCUUUGCGAGAGUGCUUCUUGCAAAAAUCUUCACCAAGGGCAUGGUUGACUCUUUUAAGCAAGGGAGGAAUAUGUUCGAAAGGGGGGUGAUGGCUUGCCUUUCGUGUUGAUGGUGUUGCUGUUGGACUCGACUCGACUCUCUGUCUUUCUCAGAUGUGUCUCUCUUUUCUCUACUGUCUGCCAUCAAUGACGUGUUAUCUCUAACCUUAGCGUAGAUCCAUUAAGACGCAACUUGGAGCACCCACCACGAAUUUGGGAAUUGGUGGAGCAACCGAAUCCCACGGUCCUGACCCCACGGUAGACCCAAUGGGUGAGGACGGAGAUCCAGAUGUGGCAGAUGCGAUUGAAGAUUCGUGAGGGAGUGGAAGGACUCUCCAAGGAUGCUUAGGUGGACGUUCUUGUACGUGUUAGCCCUGGAGUAUUCCUAUUGAAUAAGCCGGGGCCAGGGAUGUACCCAGACUAGACGUUCUGAAUAGCUGAUCGGCGUGUAGGCUUUUUGUAUUAAUGCUCUUAGCCAAUUGUAAGCUAUUGCUCCCAGCGGAUGCAAAUAGUACCGAUGCUUGUUUGCCAGUCCGGGCUAACAAGAAACCUUCUUUGGGAUGGAUUAAUUAGUACCCUUACCAGCUCGGCUCUGCGGGGCCCUGGUCGAGCACGAUGGUCGCUAGACCGGAAUUGGCAAGUGGCCCCAGAAAAGAGUUCAAGAGAAUCUACGUAUUUUGUUCAAGUCGUCUACUUUUGUUGGCUAUGUUGUGUCCCUGUACACUUCUUUAGUUGUGAACUAUGAUAUGUCAAUUCAAACUGCACAUGCUCUUGCUUGUGUUGAAUGAAUCGGAUCGGUCUAUCUCUUCCUCCUCGCUGGUAUUGGACUACCGAGAGCAAGGCACGGGCCGUUUCCUGCAAUGACGGCGCUUUCGUUAUUCUCCUUGCCUCUUUCUUUUAUCAUUGUGGCACCUCGAUUGCUUGCUUGGCCACCAACACCGGUGCUUCUGCACCAUCAAGGGUUGCCUGCUGAAUCGGAUAGGAGGUCGUGUUGACGGCCAAAUCAUAGAGAUGCCCUAGUGUGUGUUUCAGACCAAACUUCUUCAUACCAAACUCAAUAAUACCCAAAUCAUGCGAUGUGAACUUGAGUGCCAUUGUAUUCUCCACUAGGCGCAUAGACAUGUCUCUAUCAUCCUGAAAGACCAGCGGUAGAAUCGUUGUAAUGGCGCUCAUCAAACCCAGUGGUUUCCAGCUGAUCAUGUCGGGAUCCUCGACAGGAGGAAUAAACAUGUUCGUUUCAUUAUUGCUUGUCGUACCGGUAGCGCCCAAUAAUAAUUGCUGCCGUCUCUUGCUCUCUGUAAUCAAAUGAGGAAAGGCGAGGAACCAGAAUCCCCAUCGCAACUUGGGGAGAUGCAGUACAUGCUCGGCAACUCCUUCGUCAUUGUUCCAGAUGAGAUCAUCCAACAUCCACAAGUUGGAGUGGUAGGGUACCAUAUCUGCCAGAAUACCCAAGGAUGGAUCAUCCCAAUCAUUUGCCACUCGGGCGAAUCGGGGAUGUUCCUUCAUGGCUGCCAAAGUCAAACCAGGCGCUUCGCUGUAUUCUAGGAUUCUCUGUUGCCAGAUCUUGAGUACUUUGUUGUUGGUUCCUUUAGUCAUCAAUAGUCCAUUGUUGAAUAGGUCCAAUCCAGAUCCAGGCAGUUUAUUCAGGGAAGUCAGCAUAAGCUUGUCUUCUUCCACAGUAUCCCAGAUUUGAUCAAAGCCCUUGAAGACCAAUGUGGAUGCGUCCAGAUACAGACCUCCAUAUCGAAUGAGAACUGCCAGACGAAGGAGAUCACUGCGAUGUUGUACCUUCAAACUGAAAUAGGUGGUGGGUAGAUCCGAUACUGACACGUACUGUUGGUAAUUGUGAUCGUCCAGGAUGAUUACUUUCCAAUCUGGAUUUCGCACUUGCCAGGAUAAGACGGAAUGUUGGCACAGUUCCGGCAUUCCUUGCAAGCCCUUGUCCCAAUACGCCCAGAUGAUGCGAGUGUCACGGUCGAAUAGCUCGGCGGAACUCUUGGGUUCCUCCCAGACGGUUUCAAAGGGUCGACUGACAACGGCGGGAAUGGCCUUGGCUUGGGAUGCCGAGACGACUGUAUUUCGAACUACCAAAAAGAGUUCGGCAAUGGAUGCAAAAUCAAAAUUUUGUGGCAGUGAUCGGAUCAGAAUCAGGAGCAUUAAUGCUACCGAUGUGACCAGUGGAGACCAAAUGCUCCGUCUCUCCCGUUGCUGCUUUCUGUCACCAGUGUUGAUGAGAGUACUUCUCGUUUCCAUAUUCAUUAUCCUCAUGGUGGCAGUGGUGGUGUGUUGUUGGUAGCACUUCAAAGCAGAAACAGUGGAGAGCAGAUGGUUUAGGAAGGUUUCUAUCUUCAGAAUAGCAGACUUGAAGGUGGAUGUCAAGGCAAGGUUGAACAAUCGAAAAAUCCGGACAAGUUUGGGAGUCUUGUAGGUAGAAUUUGUGAGCGAUGAGAGGGUGCGCAAACGCUGCGUUGGGCUGGCAAUUUUCCAAUUGUGGGCUCUUGCCUCUUCACAACCAAAAUCGGUCGGGUGUCUAUCUGUAUGGUUGGUGGUACCGAUGCGUUCGUCCCCUUGGAUGCGGCACGACCUUGGAAAGAGAUGAGUCAUCUACUGUACUUCAUCAAGGACUGCUCAUUCCUGGCAUCCAGAUUGCCGUCGUCAAUUCCUUCUCUUCUAUUUUUUCUCAAACCGGCGUAUCUGGAUUGAUUGGAAAGUUCGUGUUUCCAGGACCGCCGACACCAUGGGAGGUGUGCUUCGUGGUAAGCGAUUUCGUUGGUUGGAGGUCAGGUCCCCUGGCGUGGCGUCUAAGUGCGUGCCGAGGGCUGUCUUGUCACAAUGCCAUUCGUGCCAAAGAUUCGCAUUUUUCAUUCCAUUGGGCCCCGCUGGUGGUUUUAACCAGCAUCUUCCGAGUUGACACAUGUCCGCCUAGCUUGUGGGUUUGACCGCGGUGACAGAAACAACAACAGACUUGCUUGUCUGGAUCCAAUGCUCAAGUCUGACUUUUUAUCUGGUCGCAAAGUGUAAUACUGUACCCUGUGGCUCGUUGCAGUAAAGUGAAAUGACUCUGGGCAUGUGCACCGCUCAUUAACCUGAGCAGACCCGGACAAACUUCUCAUUUCUUCCUCGGUCCUACAGUGUUGAGAUUUGCAUGGAUUAGCCAUCUUCCUUUUGCGGACACGGUCUCCUGCUGAUUUCUCCAAAUUUUGGAUGCUUUCUUGUCUGCUUCCAACAUCGUCAUCGGACAUUGUUGUCAACCCGGAUUCUUGGUCAAGGCAAACUGCUUCGUCGUCCAAAAACCAUAGUUGGGUCCUCCAACCAUCCCCAAGAGUUAUUUCACAGGAUCGACAAACUUCUAUCCGGGCUCUGUGUCUGGAGCGAUAACUAUGCAGUGGGUCUCUGUGACCGAUGAUCGUAGCUGGUGCUGAUACGAAAACCAGAGGUUGCUGCCACUGGUACAGUACAUGCACACUUGCGCGAUUCUUCAAACUCGAGCCCUGGUUCAUAAAAGCAUGUUGCCAACACCGGCUAUUCCAGUGACUGCAUGGGUCUUCCAACUCGCGUACGAAACCCCAUCGCUCGAGGUUGUUCACAACGCAGGCUAUUCCGGGUGGCUGCCAAUGCACACCUGCAAGAUUCUUCCAGCUCGAGCCCUGGUGGUGAAAUCAAAGCAGUCGGUCGUUGCUAACGCAGGUCUUUCCGGCUGCGGCAACUGUAUACCGGUAUGCACACCUGCAUGAUUCUUCAAACUAUUCGGGGGGGGGUUGAUAGGAUUCAGCAACUCCCUUCUGAAUCGAACAUCACCGUGGAUCCGUGGAGGGCAGCAAAAACAGGUGGAAUAGUCCGUGCAUGGGGAGGAACAAUUGAAAUAGACUAGAUCAUGGGGGAGAACGGUACAAGUGGUCUCCAAACCAGUCCAUCUACUAUGAUAGGUUGAGGGUCCUGCGCUGGCAUGUGUAUCAAAUCCACAAGCUUGGUUCGAUCUUCGAGCAUUACCACUAAUCUAGUAACCUCCUCAUUUGCAUAAAGAAGCUGUAAAACAAUCUAUUGGAGGAGGCGCCUCUCCUACUCACAUCCGGUACAGUACCGUACCGCGCCGUACCGGUACCGGUACUGGUACGACUGUACCGGUAGACAUAGCCAAUCAAUAAGCCAGCAGGACAUCGAAUAAUACUGAAAGGCGGU